ACUUAGAAACAAUUUGUGUAAGCCUCACUAACCAAACAUUGUAAAAGCAUCUCCUCAACAGAGCGGUGGAGAUAUCUGUUUGACGCUAAGCUACUCAAGUUUAUGUAUUUGGCUAAAUAACAGACAGAGGAGUUUUUGAGAAUAGGACUAAGUGGGUUUCUAGAGUUUCAUCAUCAUCUUUUUUUUAAUCCUUCCACGUUGGAAGGUUGUUGUAAUACUGUCUAGACACUCGUGUGGAUCUAUCAAAACUUAUUAAAUUAUAUUUACUUUAUAUGGUAAGAUAUAUCUAAUUUCCAACUAUAGGAUGUUGUAGUAUUCGUAGAAUAAUGUCAUUAUGAUUAGGUACAUAACCUGUUUUGCAAGCAACAGUCUUCCAAUCACAGAACAUAAUUCCCAUUGAUUAAUCAACCAAUCAAACAACAUCAUAUAGAUAUGUAGAUGUCAUGUGUGUGUUGGCAUGUUCUUUGUUUCGGUCGUGCAAGGUUGUAUUCAGUUUAAGCGUCAACGACAAAGUUCUCCUCACGUCUAAGCUGGAAAGAUUUACAUAAAAUCCCAUUUGCUUUUUUUUUGUCUAUCUGUUGUCUCUAAAUUUUUUCAAUUCCAAAUAUCAUCCUUUGUUUUUUGACUAAUUUAGACUUUCCCAAACCCAUAAAUAGAAACACAAUCAUAAACAUAACUCACAAGAGAGUGAGAGAGAGAGAGAUCCUGAUCUAUGUUCUUUUGUUGAUCUGACAUGAUUAUACAAUUGCUCUGUUUCUUCUUGUUCUUGUUUCUUCUUUUACAAGUCACCAUGCUUAAACGUUCUUUCAAGAAUUUUGUUGAACAAGAACUCGGAUCUUUCCCUCAGUUCCUCAUCUACACCCUUCUCGAAUUGACUCUCAUCACCAUCCUCUUCAUAGACGGGGUUCUCGCCUUCUUAUCAAACCAAUACGCAAGAUUCUUCGAGCUCAACACUCCUUGUCUCCUCUGCACCAGAAUCGACCACGUUCUUGUCCCUAGAAACCCUCAUUUCUAUUACAACGACUCAAUAUGCGACUCACACAAGAAGAAAGUCUCUUCCCUUGCGUAUUGCCAUGUCCACAAGAAACUCUCUGAGAUCAAACAUAUGUGUGAAGGUUGUCUUCUCUCUUUCGCCACCGAGAAGGAAUCUGACUGUGACACGUAUAAGUCUCUCAUUGGGAUCUUGCAUAAAGAUCUUGAGCUUCUCAUUGACGAACAAGUGCUUGCCUUGGCGCUCAAGAAAGACGAUGACCUUGUUCAGACAACAACAAACCUGGUGGAUUACAAGACAAACAACAACAUUAGCUUGAAACAACAUUGCUCUUGUUGCGGAGAUUUAUUGAAGAACAACAGUUCUUUCCUUGCUCCUGCUCUCUCUCCUAGGGUUCCCUACAACAAGCUGUCUGAGAAUGAAUCUGAGUUUAGGGUUUUGGAUGUUGGCAGAACACUGAGUGGUGUAAGAGGAGGUAACAAGUUCUUUGGGACACCUCUUAGAAAACUCCCUUUGGAUAAGACAGAGAAUACUUCUGACAUGGCUGAUUCAAACGGUGAAUACAUCCUUAAUCAGCUCAAGAAAGAGGCUUGCUUGGACAAGAAGUCACUGAUGGAUUUGUAUAUGGAGUUAGAUGAAGAGAGGAGUGCUUCAGCUGUUGCAGCCAAUAACGCUAUGGCUAUGAUUACAAAGCUACAAGCCGAAAAAGCCACUGUUCAAAUGGAGGCUUUGCAGUGCCAAAGAAUGAUGGAUGAGCAAGCAGAGUAUGACCAAGAAGCUUUGCAGUCUCUGAGUAGUGAAUUGGCAAAGAGGGAAGAGGAUAUGAAGGAGCUUGAAGAUGAACUUGAGGCUUACAGAGAGACAUAUGGAUGUUUAACGGAUAAAGAUGAUGUGAGAGAAGAGUUUCUUGAGGAACACGGCAAUGCCAGUGUAGUUUGUUAUUCAAAUCAUGAGGACAAUGGAGCAAACAUUGAUCAAAGUGGGUCUUGUAAAUCCGAAGAAUCGAAAUUCUUAGGACAAAUGAAAGGAACUGAAAGCAAAGAAGAUAUAGUAAAGGAGCUUUCUGAGAUCACAGAGAGGCUAAGUGCUCUUCAAUCAAAUGGUGAACUGUUGAAACAUAUUGCUGAUGUUUUAGAAGUUAGUGAAGGUGAAGCAAUUCUAAUGCAGAUAUCUCAAAACUUGCACAUGCUUCGUAGUUUUGUUGCUAUGCCUUCAGAAUCAUGAAUUUGUAAUACAUCUUUUAUUGUUUCUUAGAGAACACGCAAGCUUCUAAUGCAUUGUCUUAAAUUCAAAACAUUUUUCUUAUUCUUAUUCAUUGAAAUGUUUCAGAUUUGCUCUAUGAAACCUAACUUGUAAGAUGAAAUGCAUAAAGACUAGAGCCUGAUUUUGAAACACAAUUUUUUUGUUGUUGUUUACUUGUGAUUUUCUUAAGAAUACUCACUGAUCGUUGAAUAUUUUUUUGUAUGUAGUAAUUUUUCUAGAAAUUCCAAACUUUAGUUAUGUAAUCUUCUAGAGAUUUGAAGUAAGUUUUUGAGAAUUUCGUAAAAAAUGACACUUCGUACCAAUAGAAAUUUGAAAUACAAGAGAACCAACUUUUAACACUACCACUAGUCACUAGACUACCAACAUCUUGGUAACAUGCUUUGAUUGUUACAAAGUUUUUCUUCAUACAUUUGCAUUUUGAAUUUGAUCGAUGAAUCCACCCUAGAAGAAUGGAUCGCAGAAACAAAUAUUAUUGAACUGAAACUAUUUAAUUAGUUACGUUAAUAUAUAACCAAACAAUACAGUAAUUAUUUCUUUUGGGAA